GAUUUAAAAGCCCCAGUCUCAGAACAAGAUUAGAAAACUGGUAGGUAAAGUUACAGUUAUUGCAGUUUCUGGAAAGGAGCUGAACAUGAAGAGACUCAAAAGUCUGGUGGCAACAACCUUGGCUCUUUUAUUAGUGUUUUCUUUCUUGGGAAAUUCCAGGAGUGCGCCACAGGGACUCUUUGAGAGACGGAACUGGACUCCUCAAUCUAUGCUCUAUCUGAAGGGUGCACAGGGGCGUCGCUUCAUCUCGGACCAGAGCCGGAAGAAGGACCUCUCCGACCGCCCGCCGCCGGAAAGACGCAGCCCAAAUCCCCAGCUACUAACUCUUGGAGAGGCAGCAGCUCUGCUCUUGGCUUCCUUGCAGAAACCACAAGAAGCUGGAGAAGAAAACUUUGAUCAAACCAGAGUCCUAGAAGACAGUCUACUAAACUGGUGAAAGUAGACCAAGUUAUAUUUAAAUACAGUUCCAUUCUUGUUGAAAAUAUGAACCAUGUAAAUAAAGCCCUUGGACCCUUUUUACUUCAGUUGUAAUGUUAGGAACAUGCAUAACCAAUUUUAUCCUUUCCAGAAGCAAAAGAAUGUAGGGUUCUUAGCUGGAAACAUCAUGGCCUUCUUUCAGGGCUUCAGGUCCUGUUAGGUCACCAUGUAUCUUACUCCCAUUUGUUAAUUAUAAGACUGGAGACUCUUUAGAAUGUGUUUUCUAUUUGUUACAAGUAUCUGCCUUGAUCUAGUGAGUCUUAAUUGUUGGAUUUUGCAUUCCUUUACCCUUGCAUUGUCCUGCACUCAGUGCAAAUCUCCCUCUCUUUUUCUGCCUCCCCCCACCCCCCCAGUCUCCAUGGGGGUUGAGGGGAAAAGCAAGGCUGGAGGGGAAAGAGCAGAGUGUAUUCUCUUAGUUCAUUUUAGAGUAAGUUGUUAAGAAGGGAAGGGGAAGGGAGGUGACUGGGGAGAAGCCCGUGAUAAGAACACUUCACUGUAGUUGCUGAAAGUAGGGGGAGGGGGGAACCUGUUAGGCCAGUAGAAGGUUCCGUAGUGGGGAUCUCCCCUUUGUGCUCUUUGGGGAUCUCCCUGAAUUCAGGGAGUUACUGGGAAAUAAGCAGAUGGAGACUCACUCUGCUUCUGGGUACAUUGCAUAAAAGAAACAAACCAGUUUUUCAGAGGUAACUCUUGUUCCACAGCUAAACGGACUCAAAGACUCUGCUUCUUGUAAUUGACUAGAAGUCUAGGCUUUAUUUUACAUUAAAACAUUAUAUAAAGGCACCCUGAUAACAUCAGUACACAGUGAUAUGCCUCAUCUGCUCCUUCUGAAAACUUUUAAAACUAUCUGAAAACACACACACACACACACACACACACGUCCACAGUGAGCAUAAUAACCCAUUUAUUUGGAGUUACAAUAUGAUCAACAUGUUAAUUUUUUGACCUAAUUAGUUGAAAGUUGUUAUUGAUAAAUGUCAUAAGUGGUAAGUAUUGUUAAUUCUUAUUGUUAUCAGUAUAUAGCUAUUAUUCAGUAGCUAAAGGAUAUCUUUAUGUGAAUGGAUCUGUACCUGGGAAUUACAAUUUCACUAUGUUAUGAAGUCAAAACCCUGCUUAUAA